AUGACUGAGGACAUGGGACAAGGCGCCGGCGCCGGCGACGGCUGGUCCAGUGCAAGGGGCCCGCAAACCACCAACGGCCACAAAGAUCAUGGCGUGGCUGCGGGCGCUACGGCGACUCCCGGAACAGCCAACGGCACCACCAGUCACGCCUCGACAGGCUUCCAAAUGCUCAACCAGUGGCACUCACAGCCGCGCAACAUCCGCAUCAUUCACAUUGGUGCCGGCGCCACUGGCAUCUGCGCCGCCUACAAGAUGGAGCGUCAGCUCGAGCACUACGACCUCAUCUGCUAUGAGAAGAACGAGGAGAUUGGCGGCACCUGGCUCGAGAAUCGGUAUCCCGGAUGCGCUUGUGAUGUUUACACGUUCGAACCAAAUCCCAAGUGGAAGAACUACUAUGCUUACUCGCCCGAGAUCCACGACUACUUUGUCAACUUUUGCGACAAGUACAACCUCCGCAAGUACAUCAAGCUUAAGCAUAGAGUAGUCGGCGCUGUUUGGCACGAGGACCAGGUCAAGAUUGAGCACAACGGCCAAACUAUCACCGAUUGGUGCCAUGUGCUUAUCAACGGCUCCGGUAUUAUCAACUGCUGGAAAUGGCCCAAGAUUGAUGGGCUUCACUCGUUCGAGGGGGACCUGAUUCACUCGGCUUAUUGGGAUGGCGCCUGUGACUGGUCAGGCAAGCGCGUGGCCGUCUUAGGUAAUGGUUCAUCGGCGAUUCAGAUCGUUCCCCAGAUUCAAGAGAGCCCAACCUUUAUCGCGCCUCCCAUGGAGAGAGUUCCGGUUGACGUGCCCGAAGAGUUGAGAAAGGCCGACAUGCCCCAGUCGGUGAUCGACCCCUUUGUUAUGCAGAAGGCUUACACGGACUCCGAGAUCAAGAUUCUGUCCAAUGAUCCGGACUAUCUGCUGCUAUACCGUAAGAAGAUUGAGUACAGCAUCAAUGUCAAUUUUGGCAUCUUUUAUAAGGACACCGAGGCUUCCAAGAUGGCGGGAUGGUACAUGCGAGAGAAUAUGAAGACCAGGAUCAAGGGUCACCCAGUGCUGACGGAAAAGCUGAUCCCGCAGUGGGCAGUCGGCUGCCGCAGGCUGACGCCCGGCGACAACUACAUCGAAGCCCUCAUCCAGCCCAAUGUCAACUUCACGUUCUCAUCGAUCCAAAGCGUCGACGAAACGGGCAUCGUGACGGCCGACGGCAAGCACCACGAAGUCGAUAUGAUUGUCUGCGCGACAGGCUUCGACAUGGCGUGGACGCCGCACUUCAAGCUCGAGGGCCGGGAUGGCGUAGACAUUGAGGAUCUAUGGUCUCCAGUACCCAACUGCUAUCUUGGCAUCGCCGCCCCCAAGUUUCCCAACUAUUUCAUUAUAAACGGCCCGCGUGGUGCUCUCGGCAAUGGCACUGUACUACCCUGUCUCGAGACGCAGCUUGACUACGCCAUCGCUGCGGUCAAGAAGAUGCAGUCGGACCGCAUCAACACCCUCGAUGUCAAGGAGGACGUCGCUGCCCAUCUCAACGAGUACAUCGACGCCUGGUGCGAGACGAGCGUCUUCUCGGAACCAUGCCGCAGUUGGUACAAGAUGAACACCACGGAUGGCAAGCCCAUGGUCUGGGGUGGCAGCUCCGUCCAUUACCUCAAGACCAUCAAGACCCCACGCUGGGAACACUACAAUAUUACCUACAUGGACAACAACCCGUGGUCAUUUCUCGGUAACGGCCGCACUAAGGCCGACCUCGAGGGCGAUUUUGAUGGGCUGACUACAUAUCUCCGCAACGCAGACACACCCUGGCAGAUUGUGUAG